AAUGAUGAGCACCAUGGUGGAGUUGGAACCUGUUGUUUGGAACUUAACGCUCAAAUUAGACAACAGCACGCGCGCAAAUGAGACAGCAGGAUAUCCAGCAGAUGACUAUUAUAAUAUUGUUCACGUAACGGAAACCAAAAUUCUUCCUGCAUUUAUUGGAUUUUUGUGCUCCACCGGGCUUGUUGGAAAUAUUCUUGUUUUGGUGACUAUUUUAAGGUCUGCCAAAAAGACAGUGCCAGAUGUCUACGUGGGGAACCUGGCUGUGGCCGACUUGGUCCACGUGACUGUCAUGCCGUUCCUGAUACACCAGUGGGCGCGUGGAGGGCAUUGGGUGUUCGGCAGCACCCUCUGCACCAUUAUCACCUCUCUUGACAACUGCAACCAGGUGGCGUGCGCUGCAGUCAUGACCGCUAUGAGUUUGGACAGAUACCUGGCCCUUGUUCAUCCAUUUCGCCUGUUGAGUCUCAGAACCAGAUCCAGGACAAUCCGUAUUAACCUGUUUGUAUGGGCGGCCUCCUUCAUCAUGGUUCUGCCAGCCUGGGUUCAUGCUAAAGUGAUCCGCUUCAGGGAUGGUCUAGAAAGCUGUUCCCUUAACCUGGUCUCUCCCAAAGAAGUGCUCUGGUAUACACUCUACCAGACUGUAACCUCCUUCUUCCUGCCAUUACCUCUGAUUCUCAUCUGCUAUAUACUGAUUCUUUGCUACUCCUGGAGAAUGUAUCGCAAGAACAAAAAGGCUCACAGGUAUAACACCAGCCUGCCUCGGGAACGUGUGGUCCGCCUUACUAAAAUGGUCCUGGUUCUGGUAGCGGUUUUCCUGGUCAGUGUUGGGCCAUACCACGUGUUGCAGCUAGUUAACUUAAGUGUACCACGCCCCUCAUUAGCAUACCACACCUGCUACUACCUGUCUGUUUGCUUGAGCUACGCCGCCAGCAGCAUAAACCCCUUCAUCUACAUUCUGCUGAGUGGACACUUCCGCCACAGGCUGGUCUGUCGGGAUACACCCAGCAUGCCGAGUGUGGAACGGGAAAUCCAGGCCCCCUGCUCCAGUUUUUAA